CUCUCUCUUUUUUUUUUCAUCACUUCUCUUCACGCAGCACCCUUUUUCCAUCUACCUGCCUUCUCUCUUUAUCUAUUUUCCGUCUCCCAGCCCUCACCGCACAAGGGUGGCACAGGACAGACACCUUUUGCACCGCAUCGUUGCUACAUCGUUUCAUUUCGGCGCAUCCGUACCCUUCUGAACACCGCCCAAAGCGGCAAUAAUAAACACAGGAGGAAAUCCUCGACAGUGCACACACCAAUUGCCAUCGAGUCUCACUCCGUAAUCGCUAAGAUGUCCAAAGUCGAAGAGCCUCCGGCGUACGGCGCUCCUCAGCAUCCGCCCGCCUCGUACCAGGGAGGCUACCCGCCCCAAGCACCCUACGGCGACCCGAACCAGAACUACCAGCAGAACCCGGGCAUGGGCUACUACCCUCAGGGCCCGCCUCCCGGUCAAUACCCUCCGGGCCAGUACCCGCCCCAGCAGCCGGGCUACUACCCUCCCCAGGGUCAAUACCAGAACCAGCAGACCGACCGCGACGGCGGCGGCGGCGGCUGCCUCACCGGUCUGUUGGCCGGUCUGGCGUGCUGCUGCUGCUUGGACUGCCUGUUCUAGACGGGCUGCCCAGGACGAAGGGAAGGGGGGCCGAGUGGGGAGAGGGUAUGCGUGAACUAUAGUGAUAGACGAUGACAACGGAUCAGCACGAGCAAGGAGGGGAGGACAUGAGGAGGUAAUAGCAACGUCGUUCAGUCAACAAGGAGAAAGAUGGGGAGGGGAUUCCUCGUCACUCUCCCCAUCACGUCCAGUCCAUCAUCGGACGGACGGAACCGCUGGCCGGGGACGACGCUAUGACGGGUGUUGGACUGGAUGCGCCUCGCCGGGGCACGCUCUCGUUCUCAUUGCCCGUAAUGAAAUCGUCGCUAGAGUGGGCGUUGCGGACUUCGCCGGAGGACAUACCGUUUCUUUGUAAUUACUAUGCCACCCACAAUUCUACAAACUCUACAGAUUCCGACGGAUAACCUGUACUCGAAUUGGACCCUGAUCCUGACA